AUGUUGUAUGACAUCAACACUAGCGCGAGCAACCAAAAUGCCAGACAGUCAAGACACAAUCUGGACACGAUUGGGUGGGGAUGGGAUGGCGUGUUUGGCGCUAGGAUGGAACACAGUCGUGCAUUAGGAAUGUGGAGGCCCGUAAAAUUAUCGAAGGAUCACUUCAACAUGGAAAGGCAUGAAUGGAAAGAGGAUAUUCGACGACGUCUAUUUGAACUGGGUCAAGUCCUUGAGGGACAGAAGGAGUCGAGAACCCUUGGUGAAUAUUUCAAAGGUGUGAGUGCCGACCUGGUUAGGGACAGGACUUUGAACUUCGAUGAUUUUCAGCAAUACUGGUCUCGUCACAAACGGCGUGCUGCUUUAAGGGAUGUGAAAAGGCGAACCUCAACACGCGACCGACAUGCUCGGGACGACAAUACAUCCAGACAAUUUGAAGACGAGAGCGAUAUUGAUGAGAUACUUUCCAUCACAGAUACUUGGGAUGUGCGAUCAGAUGAGCUGGGGGCAUUGAAGGAUGAUGUUCGGCAAUGUCUGGAUCAGGAUCGAGACUUCUUCAAGCUUUCGGAGGCAUCUACGGAACACCAGGUCGAAGAUACUUCUGAAGAUGAUCUUGUUGAGGCAGUAAAGGCUUUCAAUUCAGUUGAAAAAGACGCGAAUGGUGCCUACCGGGAUUUCAGAAAGCAGGUACUGGCCUUGAAGCUUCGGGCAUUAGAGGCUAAUGCCGGAAACUAUUGUGCUGGGAAAAGUAUUAAGCGCGAUUCACGCGUAAUAGUUUACGUUUCGGAGAAGUGCUGGUCGAAUCUUCCUUCUACAGCACAAAAAUCAAAGACAACAAAUCUCGCACGCUGGCGUGGUCAUGGAGAAAAAUGGCUUUCACUGGUAGAACCUUCAAUACCUAUGUCUUUCCGCCAUAUCCCAAGUGACCAUCGGUGCUUUGGCGACUUUGAACGACGACGUCGGCAGACUCCAGAAUUCGAUGCUGUUAUCAGCACGUUACAGGCCGUGUGUAUCAUUCCUGACUUGAGGAAACUAUGGUGUCGUCAAUUGAUCCGGAAGCGUGUAGAGUCUGAGCAUCAUCCAGGGCGCUGUUUUUGCAAGAAUACUGACUGUCCGGAGACUGAAUCUAUAGGGCCCCAACAGUCUGAUCCUGCCAUGACAACCAAUGCUGAGGACUUAGCCGCGCAAUCCAGCCAUGUUAGCAUCACAUUCAUGCCCACUGGGGGGCAGAUGCGGCGUCCCUCGAACAGGUCACAUCAUUCUUUUAUGCGUCAAAGGCACAUUCGAUCCGCACUGGCAGGAUCCAAGCGCCCGCGUACCCUUUCUGAUGAUGAUGAUGAGGAGGAACGCGGUCCCUCUCCCAUUGUUGGUGGUGUGAGCAUUUCGCUUGCCAAUAAUAACGGUCGGCCUUUGGUCUCGAACAUUCCAAUGCCAUCAGCUGAAAUGCUGACAUCUCACGUUCCGCCAUCACACGUCGAUCCUUGUGGGGCUCUUGCUCAGCAAGACUCAUGUAUUGAGUCCAUGCGACGAGCAGAGUUCUUUGACCUUAUGCGGCAAACGAACACAGCAGACUCUUUAUCACAGAUGAACCUCGAUCUUUCACGGCAAACGAACACAGCAGACUCUUUACCGCCGGUGGACUUCGAUCUUUCGCAGCAGAUGAACAUGUCAGACUCUUUGCAGCAUGAGUUUGAUCUUAUGCAGCAAUCAAUGCUGAUGCAGUAGACAGAUAAUGAAAUUUCAUUGACUCAGGAGCCAGUUAAUAUUAUUAUGUACAAGGAAUGGACUGAUCAUAAGGCGCAUAAACAAGCCAAAACAUCCCGUAAAACAUUAUUCAACAUCCAGUAUAAUGAAUGGCCCCAGUUUACCGUCUGUCGGGAUCUCAAGAUUGCACCGCCCGUAAACAUCAUAACAUGACCUUAGCUCCACAGAUGUUUCAUUAAUCUUCACAUCUCCGCGCACAUAGAAGGGUAUGAGCAUCAUGUAUGGUUUUCCAACAGUGUGUAUUCCCGGGAAAAAGACCGUAACAUUACGCCUGCAUUUUUUUGACUUUCUCGGCCUAUAUUUGCU